GCCCAGACACUUCUCGAGGCCCUAUCCAAGGUCCCUGAGCUAUCAAACUUCACCACUUUCUACCAGAACAACGAAGCGUUCGCCGCAGCCUACUUCGGCAACGAGUCCAGCUACCCAAUCACCUUUCUCGCCCCAAGCAACGAUGCCUUCACAGCAUACGACACGCGAAACAAUAUCUCCCUCUUCGACGUCGGCCCAGCCGUCCUGCUCCAGCUCGUGCAAUACCACACCCUCGUCUCCGACCUGAGGCAAGACAACUUCACCAGCGCCGGCACAAAAGGCAUCACAGCCCCCACCAUGCUCAAGGACUCCCCCAACAACAACCGCACCACCGGCGUCUCGCUCGCCGCCAAGUUCGGCGGCUCAGAGCGCGCCCGCGGUCAGGUAGUCUUCAUCCAAGCCGCCGGCAGCGCAGCGUCUCCCAACACGUUCCUCCUGAGCCGCCAGUCCACGCCGCAGAACGCCGGUGUACGGUCCGGCCUCGCCUCGACCGUGAACCUGCGCGCCCUCGAAGCCAAUCAGGGGACAUGGGACGGCGGUAGUUUCCACAUCGUCGACGGCUUACUCACGCUCCCUCAGACGUGCGCAAGGACCAUCCGGACCGCAGGCCUCGCCUCCCUCGACGGCGCGCUGAACCGCACGAAGCUCUGGCCCGAGCUCGACGGGACCAAGAACCUAACCUGUCUUGGCCCAAGCAAUGCCGCGUUCGCAGCGGCGGGCAACCCCAACACGGCGCUCAACGAAACGACACUCAAGGGUGCGCUGCUGUACCACACGCUGUCGGGAGUAGCGUACAGCGACUUCCUCGUGGACGGGCAGGAGUUUACGACUCUGCAGAACAGCACCGUGCGGGUCAGAGUCGAGGAGAGUGAGGGGAACAGGACGAUAUGGUUCAACAACGCAAAGGUCAUUAACGCGAAUGUUCUCACACACAAUGGGCUUAUGCAUGUAUUGGACGCGGUCAUGGUGCCGUUGGAGCAGCUGAACUCGACCAAUCCGACGGCGACGGGUACAGCGAGUCCCACGUCAGCGAGUCCCACGUCAGCGAGUCCCACAUCAGCAAGCCCGAGCGCU